AUGCUAUUGGACCUUUUCUUCGAGUCCAUAAGUACUGCUCGCAAAAGACGCGUGCACUUCCACGAGUUUAUGAAGGACUUCCACACUCGGAUGCAUGAGACCACGAGGGUGCAGAGGGACGGCGAAGAUCCCGUAGCUUCGGUGGCUGAACAGAUAAUUUCAGAGUCAUGGGUCUUGUGUUUUGAUGAAUUUCAGGUGACAGACAUAGUCGAUGCUGUUGUUCUUAAGAGACUUUUCUUUCAUUUAUUUUCAAGGGGGGUCAUCCUAGUAUCCACGUCGAACCGAUCACCAGACGACCUUUACCUUCAUGGCCUACAGCGAGCCCUGUUUCUUCCUUUCAUCGAACUUUUGAAAACUAAAUGCGAUGUAUACUGUAUGAAUAGCAACAAGGACUAUCGCCUACAGGAGAAGCUGCAAGUCCAAUGUUAUUACUGUCCUAACAACGUUGAAAAUAAUCUUAAAAUCGACAAACUAUAUAAGCGGUUAACUGGGAAACCAAUAACAGAAUCUCAAGUUGUCACACUGACUGUUUACGGCCGAGCAAUGAAAGUUUAUAGGGCUAUGAAUAGCAUAUGUCUCUUCACUUUUUUCGAGUUAAUCGCACAGCCUCACAGUGCCGCUGAUUAUUUGGAACUUUGUAAGAACUUUGAUGUGAUUUUUCUAAAAGAUAUUCCAAAGCUGCGUUACUAUCAAAGAAUUGAAGCUAGACGAUUUAUAAACUUGAUAGACACCAUCUAUGACGCCAGGCGAAUGUUGAUUUGUAGCUGUGAAGUCGCGCCGCAGUAUAUUUUUUCUGAUCUAAUUACUGCCGGUUUGAAAAAUGACCCAAGCGAGCAGGACCGUCUUUUAAUCGACGAUUUAGGACUCUGUCAAGGAACUGCAACGUCCACCGUCUUUACUGGGGAAGAUGAAAUAUUUGCUGCGGAGAGGUGCGUUUCCAGGUUAGUUGAAUUGCACUCUCAGGAUUAUUGGAAGA